AUGGCUCAGGUAUACAAGUCCGACUUCAGCCCCCUAUGGGAGGUCGAGUCACUCUCCAUCCCGCAGUUCAUGACCAGGUACAAUCCAUACGGCGUACCAGCGAAUAAAGUCGUCCAUUGUGAUACCUUCUCCGCAGACGCCAUCACCUAUGGCUCGCUUCGUGAGCAGGCCGGUUGUGCUGCCUGGGGGCUGCGACACAGGCUGGGCGUCAAGCCGGGAGAUACCGUGCUUGCCCUUGUUCCUAACUCGAAUGAAUUUAUACUUCUUGCUCAUGCGACGUGGUGGGCCGGCGCUGUGUUUGCACCGCUGAAUACGGCGUCCACUGAGAAGGAUGUCGCCCAUGUGCUCAACCUUGUCCGUCCUACGCACGUUGCUAUUACUGAAUCACAGAUGGAAACAGUGCAGCGUGCAGCGGCCUCGGUCGCCUCGGUCAAUCCAAAGAUCUUCACUGUUCUGAGCAAAACAGGCAACAUUCCUCGGUUCCCGAACGAUGUCGUCGGGAAAGAUGACGCAGAAAGCCUACCCCCGUAUGACCUCCAUGGCAAAAGCGCCAAAGAGGUCCCGAGCACGAUCUGUUUCUCGUCCGGCACCACGGGGAACAUGAAAGGCGUGCUCCUGUCUCACUUCAACUUGAUCAUGAACACUCUCCAAAUGCGGAAUUCGAUGCCAUUGAGGUUUCACUCUGGUAUCCGCGAAGUGUGGUUCCCGCCAUACUGCCAUAUUUACGGACUAGCUACGGUCGUCAUCUGUGGCAUGUGGGUUGGAGGCUUGUACUAUGGCUUGCCGGCGUUCGAGCUCGGGCCAUUCUGCAGGAAAGCGGCAGAGCUCAAGGCCACUGACAUGCAUCUUGUGCCACCAGUGGCUCUUGCUCUAGCCAACGAGCACAGUGUGCAGUCGUACGACCUCUCUUCGGUUGAAAGGGUGGUGAUUGCGGCUGCUCCGUUGAAGGUGUCACUCCAGCGAAAGCUAAAAGAACGACUUCCACAAGCGAGCAUUUGCCAAGGUUACGGCCUCUCCGAAUGCUCCCCCGGGGUCACGCAUCAGCUGUAUGACGAGGAAUCCAGCUGCGGCAGUGUAGGAAAGCUCUUUGCGGGAACGGAAGCUCGCCUGGUUGACCCCAACACCGGAAAAGAUGUCAACCCCGGAGAAGAAGGCGAGCUUUGGGUUCGUGGACCGCAGGUCAUGAUGGGCUAUUGCAACGACCCAGCCUCUACCAAGGAAAGCUUUUUCGACGAUUGGCUCAAGACAGGUGAUGUCAUGCGAGUUGACGCCGAUGGGAAUUUCUGGGUGACGGAUCGCCUCAAAGAAAUUCCAAAUUGCCCCCUCCGAGCUGGAGGAUAUGCUUCUCCGCCACGAGGACGUGACCGACGCCGCUGUUUGCGCCGUCUACGACGAUGCACAGGCGACUGA